UGGCAUUAAAAAUAGUCAUGUAUGGUAUAAUGUUUUUAGAAAAUUAUAUAGGUAAACUGUUUUUAAUUUUGUUAAGGAAACUACAUUUAAAAUUAUUUUCAAAAUUUUAUAAAGUAAAAAUUAAAAAUAUUGGCAUUUAAAAAUAGUCGUGUAUGGUAUAAUAUUUUUAGAAAACUAUAUAGGUAUCUUUUAGUAAACAAUUUGAAUACUACAAAACUACUUAAUGAUUUCUAAUAUUUUUUCAAAAUUUUAUAGAAUGUAAAAUUGUUAACAUUUUCGGUCAAUAAUAUUGAAUCUUAAAAGCUUUAUUUAAUGACUUCUUGAUUACUUUAUUAAAAUUAACACUUUACUUUAAAAAUAACUUGAUAGAUUUAAGUCAAUAGUUUAUAAUUAUUUCUUAGGAUCUGCCUCUGUGCAGUCGCACAAGCAUACGUCAUAUUCAAUUUGGACUCCCCUAUUUUAACAAUUCGUGAUGGCUAUGGCUGGGUGAUGAACGGACAGUUCAAAUUAAUCCAUAAUAUAAAUUUGCAGCUUUAUCAAGACAUACUAAAUCGACUGAAGGAUGAGAACAACAAAAUGAAUGAGACCACUAUUAUAAAAAGUAUUAUUGCCUUCGAGCUUGAAAAAAUACGCAUUCAACUUAAUGAGCUGAAGGGUCCUGAGACAGCGAGACUAAAACGUUCAAUCAACUGGAUUGGAUCAGCCUGGAAAUGGAUUGCUGGGUCACCAGAUGCAACAGAUUGGAAUGAAAUUUUGCGAAGCCAAGCUUCACUAGUUUCUAAUAAUAAUUUGCAAUACAAAAUAAACUCCGAAAUUUCCACGAAAACCCAAGAACUUUUGCGGACCAUAAAUGGAAUCAUUACUACAACAAAUGAUAUACUGGGAUAUAAUAUUCAAGCUAAGUCCUCACAAGAAAUACAGCACAAGGUGACGAUACUAAAGGAAGAUGUGGGUGAAUUAGUUCGAGCUUGUCAAAUGGCCAAGGCCAAAGUUGUAAACACUAACCUAUUAAACAAAGAAGAAGUAAACCAAUUAAUAGGUGAACUAGAUGUUCUUCCCUACAGUAACAUCAUCGAAGCCAUUGAAUACAGCGAGCCUUCUAUAUAUACUAAUGGCACCCACCUACUCUACAUACUAUCAAUGCCGAAGGUAGCGGAAACCAAAUUCAAUCACUUAAUUGUACGAGCAGUUUUAAAGGAAGGUCAGAAAGUGGACGUGACUCAAAGGACAAUACUGAUGAACAAGGAUGAAACCUAUGGUGUCAAAGACAAGUGUCUUCGUUUAACCAACGCUAUGAUCUGUAAAAAGGAAAUGCUUGAUCAGCUGCCAGAGGAAGAUUGCAUUACAAAACUUUUGAAGGGUGGCAAAACAGCUUGCCGCUAUGUAACCAGUUCUGAAUAAAAAGUCGAAUUACUUAAAGAUGACACAAUAUUCUUGGAUAACUUUAACAGUAGCAUUUGGUCCAACGGAACUUCCCAUCAUCUCGAUGGAUCCUUUCUUCUACAAACCAGUUCUGGAGUACAAGUUAUCCCACCAGUACUGACCACUAUCACAAAUAAGAGCCUAUCCGUUAACCUGAAUCUCGUACAUGAAAUGGCUUCGACAAAUAUACAACUUUUGGCCUAUUUAAAGGAGAAAACUACGUGGUUCAUGAUGUCAGGAUCAUUGGGUCUAUUCGUACUAAUGGUGCUUAUUUGGAUAACUUGGAGAAAGUUAACAACGAAGAAAAACCUACCCGAACUGAACCUGCCAAUAAUACAACAAAACGCCUCCUUACAUCCUGAUCUGCGGGACGCAGAUUUUUAGAGGGGGAAGAGUUAACACACCUCAAUACCUCCAAACCACUGUGCUGCGACGUAUCAUACCUACACGUGCCGCUAAGUCAGCACUUUCGAUUCGCUUGCGAAACGGAAAUAUGAUAUGUUCCCACAGUCAUCGAACUCGUGCACUAGGCCUACCGUCAGCAUAAUGCACCUGUGGGAAAUAAGCAUAAUUUGGACGUCGCUGCCAACAACGUGAGGUUUGGAGUCAAGAACUAUGAAGGCGAGAAAUCAGUUGGAGUUUGGGAGUAAAACGAUUCGUGUUAAUUUCCUCUUAUCUAAAAACUAUAAUUAAUAAAGGCACUUAAAGUAAUAAAUUUUGUAUUUUAUUUUUUAUAUCAUACGCUGCAAGGAUAUAUUUUAUACUUAUAAGAAAAUACAUUAAAAUAUAUAUAAGUAAGAAGAAAGAAUAUGUAAAAAGGACUAAAAACAAUUGAAAGAAUUUAAAAAAAGUAAUAAGAGUCCAU